AAAGGCCCGGGGAUUGAGUGCGAUUAAAUUGACCAAACAAACGCACAAACUUGCUCCAAUCACAAAGCACUUCAUUUUAUAUGACAAAUUUGUAAUGAAUCAAAAUUAAAAUGAAAACCGCUCAUAAAACAUCAAAUUGCUAAAAAAAAAGCCAUCCCGAAGGGUUAGAAGACGAUGUAAACAAAAGGGAAAAACAUCAAAAGCGCUAAGAAAACUUUUUUCUGAAAUUCAAUUACAAAUACGACGGCAGAUUGCGUGAUCGUUGGUUCGUGGAAAUACAUAGAUUUCUCGACAUUUUAUCAUAAUAGUUGUGUUUAAUGAGACCGAUAAAAUUGUAGAGCAGCCCAAGUUGGAGCAGAAUAGAGCAGCUGCCAAAACAAAAAUAGAGCAAGAGAAACGAAGUGUAUUUUUGUUGAUAUGCUUUGUUCGAGCGCUUCACCGAAAAAGCGAAAGCAUAAUGAAUACUAUGAUCCGGAUUAUGUGCGUCCUUGUCCAAAGAAGAAAUUGCGCGUUGAGAAUACUAAUAUACUACUUAAUGAAACAUUUUCAAAUACCGACAGCAAGUUAGAUAUGAUUUGUAAUUAUAUUUUCCGUGAAUUUCAAAAUGAAAUCAGUUUGAAGCAAGAUGAGUUAGCGGAAAUAGAAAAAAGACUGGAGAAGUCUCGAACCUUGUUGGAUCGUUUGCGGUAUGUAAUUGUAUCAGAAUUUUACCAAAAGCAAAAUUUAGUGUUAGCAGCGAGUGAUGUGACUGCUGUGCGAGGAAAUGAAACGCUCUUUGGAUAUAAUUUACACGCGCCACUAAUGGAGCUACACCCUUCCGUCAAAAAUAUAGCUGCAAAAAAAACUUUUAGCCAUUCUGAAACUUUAUGCCGUCCAAUUCCUGAACGUGCUGCGGCCCAAAAUGCAUUAAACACUAUACGCGCACGAUCUCAAUCGAAAAUACCACAAAGUUUGGUUAUUGAUCGUUUCAAGCAAGCAAAUGUGCAAGUGGCCAAAGCGGUAUCUGUACAUAAUCAAAAAAAUUCUUUAGUUGUACCUCAAGGCGUUCUUAGAUCUAUAUCUGUUAUGACGGAAAAUAAAUUCAUAAAAAAGACAAGAGCACUUAAUGCAUCUCGUCUAAACAACAAGAGAAAACAAAUUAUUGCUAUAGGUAAUACUUCUACCUAUAUUGGAGCAGAAAGUGGUGGAGUAGAUAAAAAAAAACCUGAAGCUGCUGAUCUUACUCAUAAAUGGAUAGUUUACGUACAAUCCAAAGAUACGACCAUACCCAUUGAGUCCUUCAUUAAGAAAGUACGCUUCCAUCUUCACCCUUCAUACAGACCAAAUGAUAUUGUAGAUAUUCGAAUCCCACCUUUUCAAAUAGCUCGCAGAGGAUGGGGCGAGUUUCCAAUAAGAAUUCAAAUGUUUUUUCAUGACCACCUACAACAGAAGUCUGUUCAACUUAUACAUAAUCUGGUACUAGAUCGAACACUAAGUGGCAUGCAUACUCUUGGCGCUGAAACAUUAAUGGAAAUGUGGCUUCGUAAGGACGCUAUAAUCAACAAAUCAAAGCAAGGAGACCAGCUGAGGCAUGUGAUCACGGAAGCAAAUGAGAGCAAAAAAGGUUCCAUAUUUAAUAAAGAAUCAACGCUAAAUAUUUCAUCACAAAAUAUAGAUAUAAACACUGAUCCACCUACAACCCAAGUGAAUUCCACAAAAAAACCCCGACCGAUAUAUUUUAUUCGCAAUAAGGCAGAGUUAGGUGAUAAUUUAUUUGGAUUUCUAAAUAAAAGCGGAGUAGUUUCAGCUGAUAAUAUGAAAAUUCAACCAUCGGUAGGCGUUGAUGAGACGCAUCUUGAAGUCUCAUCUAGUCGUCGUAUUAAUAUUAUGUGCAAGAGUCCACAGCGAACGGAAUGUACACCCGAAAUAAAUUUUACCACCCAAAACUACAUUUCCCAAAAAAACAUCAGGAUUGAUAUCCGUGACCCUCCAGCAUUCGAAAGUAAUAUGAUUAAGGAUCUGAUAUUUUCUUCAGAAGGCACUAUGAAAAAUGGACCAUCUUCAAUGAAUCCCACAUACGAUAACACUCAAGAGCAGGAUACUCUCCCAUUUCUGUCAACUCUACAAAAACAAUACAAUACAAAAACAAUACAGCUCAAUACGCCCAGGUUAAUAGCGCUACCAGUUUCCAACGGCGCCAGUUUUCAGAAAACAACACACAACAAAACGAAGAUAAUUGCACUAAGUCGGAUAGGAAAAUUAAUGCCGUUAAAAAUUGAUAGCGUGGCUAAAAUGAUCUCACCGAAUGCUAAGUAUACAGCUACAAAUAUCCCAGACACUACUGGAAACGAUGUAUUACAAAAAAAACUUGUGCAACUUGUAGACGCUGAAGGCAAAAUAAAAUUUAAGCAGGCGCUUAUGGCUAUUACACAAAAACCACCAAUUCCAACUAGUAACGCUGGUAUGACAGAUAUCAUUAAAAAAGAAGAAGUAGUCUCGGUUCAAAAUACGGUCUCUAUAUCGCCGUCAUCAUCGAAAUCCUCUACCACGAUGACAGAUACCGUUAAAGAUGUUGCCACUCCUCGAUUAAUAUCAUCGCACAAUGAAAAUCAAUUUCAAUCCGCAAGCAGCAUACCACAAACCAAAAUGGCUGGAUAUCCUAAGCAAACAGUUUUCCAGAAAGAAGGCAAACUAUUUAUUAUUGAUCCCUUACAAAUGAAACUUAAGCAAGAACGAGGGAAACAGGUAUCUCUGUUAAAACCACAAUCUCAUAUGCAGAGACAACGUCAGCAAGAGGCGCACAAACAAAAAAUGCAAUUGAAAGCGUUUCGAAGUAUUAUAUCAGAUCACGAUUAUACUCUAUCGCUUAAUUUAAAGAACGGUGACGCACCGGUACCUCGAGAAAUGGGAGCACGUAUACCAGAACGGGGAACAGACACUAUGGAAAGCAACGCUUUCGAGCUUCUGCAACAACGCCGAAUUCAGUUCGAAAAAGAGUUUUUGGCACAAAAUGUCCCGAGCAUGCGCUCCGCUGUGGAUUAUAUAUUACGUCGCUUGCCACUGAUUGCUAUGAAAAAGACUUUGGCUGCCGCCUUUUCUUUUGUGCAUCAUAGUUUUGAGGAAUUCGAUGCGCUUCCUGUUUUAAAACAGCGUUCGUGUGAAUGGCUCCGGGCUAAAUAUAUUACACGGUUUGUACGCAAUCACAAACAAUUUCAAGGAUUAUAUUCCAAAAGCAGAGAACGGUUUUGGAGUACGCGCGAAGUGCUAGUUUAUGCCCGACAUCAUGUAUUCGCCCCCAAAAUGAAAUCAUUUGACGGUGCGUGGUGCUUACUGCAACCUCAAACACUCAAUUUUUCAGCACGAGGGAACCCUCCACAAGAACUAAGAUGCAUUGAGCCUAAUAAAUAUUAUUAUCAGCAGGGGCAAGAGUUUUCGCAGUUUGUAAAGAAGGAAGUUAGAUUCGAACAGGAGUCUUUUAAGUACGAAUCUGUAACUCAUAUAUAUCGUAUUACAUCGUGGAUAGAUGAAAUAUGGCAAACAUUUUUGGUCCUUGAAGCGAAUGCAAAACACACUGCUUGGACAAUUGAUGUUGUUAGUAUACCAGAAUCCAGAAGUCGUAAAGCUACUCAUAUCGCUAGCCUGCAAUUAAAGCAUACAGACAGAUGUAGAAAGAAGCAGCAAUUAUAUAUACCGAUACCGGAGCAUCUUGAAGAGUACUCACUUCUCGUAAGUGAAAUUUGUCGGGAUCUUGAAAUACAACUUCAAUCGGAGCAAGUUGAAAACGACGUACUUUUCCCCUUGGCGCAAGCAGUUAUUACACACUGUUUAAAAAUGUUCAUUGAAAAGUUAUUGAGACACACAGUCGCCUCAAAACAUAACCAUACAAUCACAGGAAUCUUAGAUAUUACAACACAGGAUAUUGGUAAAGUUUUGAUUCGGAAUUCGGAGUUUGAUUUUUUAACCAACAAGCAUUUUGGAACAUACAAGUACGAUAGUGAAAACGUAAAAUGAGUGGCUUUAAGUGUAAUUCUAAUCUAGGAGAUUGUUUAAUAUACAUAUUCAUAAGGAAAAAGUACAUUAAAGAUCAAGUUACUAUUGCCUGAAAGUCGAUAUUUCUUAUGUACACUGUAUUUGACUUACGGACGUUUUUGUUUAUAUUGAGACAGUUUUUCUGUCAUAUCAAAAAUUACACGGUGCUACAAAAAAAAAAAAAUCACGAAGUACACCCGAAGCAAAAAUUAGUGUAGGUUUUAGGUAGGAUCGAGUACAAUAUGAAAAUUCGUUUCUUAUAGUUUCUGAACUCUCCAUUUUUAUUUCUUAAAAAAAAAAACGUUAUUUUCGC